CUUUUCUACAUGGUAUCAGAGCAGUGACGAUCCUAGGCGGACUCACUCACGAAAUAAUCAAGCUAAGCAACAUGGCCGGAGAAGCGGGAGGAAACGGUGUUGACGAAAACCGAAGCAAUGAACGACGACGGAUCAAUGAUCCAUCUACCUCAUUUUAUUUGUCAAGCUCGGAUUUUCCGGGUAUGAAUAUUUGUGGACAAAGAAGACAAGGCGGAACCGGCCACAGACGUGGGCGUGUGACAGUGCAAGCCAUGCCGCAGGUAAAGGGAAAUCUUGAAGACUUCACUGGAGUGCGUGAGGCAAAAAAUCCUCCCACGCAGAAGCCCAAUCUAACGGAUGAACAGUGGCAGACUUUAUUCAAUCUCAUGGAAAAUUGAUCUACUUACAAGGAUGCCGAUUGGAGUGGGUGAUCGACGAGGGGGAGUUUAUUAUUUUCGGAGUCUUGAUCAAGCUAAGACACAUGCAGUGGGGACGCCGGACUCAGGUGACUUGUGGCAUUCUCGAUUGGGACAUCCAUCAGUGAAAGUAUUAAAUUUGCUUAAUUGUUCGGAUAAAUCAUUGUUGAAGUCUGUUCCGAAUAACACUUGUGAUGCUUGUUUACGUGGUAAACAAACUCGUGAUACUUUUGAUGCUAGUUAUGCGCGUGCUAUUGAAC